CCCCCACCCGGCGGCCCCCGCGUCCUCCUCCCGCGGCAGCGCUGUCCGCGGCGGCCGGAGCGGGCCGGGCCGGGCCAGCGGGCCGGGGGAUGGCGCUGCUGGACCUGGCCCAGGAGGGAAUGGCCUUGUUCGGCUUCGUGCUCUUCGUGGUGCUGUGGCUGAUGCAUUUCAUGUCCAUCAUCUACACCCGGUUACACCUCAACAAGAAGGCAACAGACAAACAGCCAUAUAGCAAGCUCCCUGGUGUCUCUCUUCUGAAACCGUUGAAGGGGGUGGAUCCUAACCUAAUCAACAACUUGGAGACAUUCUUUGAACUGGAUUAUCCCAAAUAUGAAGUGCUCCUUUGUGUACAAGAUCAUGACGAUCCAGCCAUCGAUGUAUGUAAGAAACUCCUUGGAAAAUACCCAAAUGUUGAUGCUAGAUUAUUUAUAGGUGGCAAAAAGGUUGGCAUUAAUCCUAAAAUUAAUAAUUUGAUGCCAGGAUAUGAAGUUGCAAAAUAUGAUCUCAUAUGGAUUUGUGAUAGUGGAAUAAGAGUCAUUCCAGACACAUUAACUGACAUGGUCAAUCAGAUGACAGAGAAGGUGGGCUUGGUCCAUGGGCUGCCGUAUGUAGCAGACAGACAGGGCUUUGCAGCCACGUUAGAGCAGGUAUAUUUUGGAACUUCACACCCAAGAUCCUAUAUCUCUGCCAAUGUAACUGGCUUCAAAUGUGUGACGGGAAUGUCUUGUCUAAUGAGGAAGGACGUGCUGGAUCAGGCAGGAGGGCUGAUCGCCUUUGCUCAGUACAUUGCUGAAGAUUACUUCAUGGCCAAAGCAAUAGCUGACCGAGGUUGGAGGUUUGCAAUGUCUACUCAAGUUGCCAUGCAAAACUCUGGUUCGUACUCCAUUUCUCAAUUUCAGUCCAGAAUGAUCAGGUGGACCAAAUUGAGAAUUAACAUGCUUCCUGCUACAAUAAUUUGUGAGCCAAUUUCAGAAUGCUUUGUUGCCAGUUUAAUUAUCGGGUGGGCAGCCCACCAUGUGUUCAGAUGGGAUAUCAUGGUCUUCUUCAUGUGUCAUUGCCUGGCAUGGUUUAUAUUUGACUACAUUCAGCUCAGGGGUGUCCAGGGUGGCACACUGUGUUUUUCAAAACUUGAUUAUGCUGUGGCUUGGUUCAUCCGUGAAUCCAUGACAAUAUACAUUUUCUUGUCGGCAUUAUGGGACCCUACUAUAAGCUGGAGAACUGGUCGCUACAGGUUGCGUUGUGGAGGAACAGCAGAGGAAAUCCUCGAUGUGUAGCAAGAACUUCGUGACUGUACACAGAGAAUGGAACAGAAGUAUUAUAAAUUAUGUUUAUAGAAAUGCUUUUAAGGAUCUACCUUCAGUAGUUGUAUCACAUGUAUGUUGUGGUCUCUGCUCUUUAAUUUAUUUGCAUGGCACUUGCAUCUGUGAAAAGGAAAAAAACGACAAACCGGUCUGUAGUCUUGGCUAAUAGGAUAUUUUGUGAAAGUAGAGAAUCGAGAAUCAAGACAAUUGGUUCUAGGAAACUGGGUUUGUUUUUUUUGUUGUUGUUGUCAUUGUGUUUGUUUAUUUUUUUAAACAAAUGAAUAUAUAUAUAUCUAUAUAUCUCUAUAUAAACAUACACACACACACACACACACACAGGACUGCUCUGCAGCAGACACGAUGACAGUAUCCUCCAACAGGGAAAGUUUCUUGCUGAGUGCUCACGCCAUGAUCUGUACAGGCAGGACAGUAGCAGCUCUGUGAGAGAAGGGGACCGGUCACGGCCUCCCCCGUGUGAAGUGAUGACGUCUCACAGGGAGGCGCCGACUGAGAAACUUUUUCAUGCUUCAUGCCUACCUCUUGUAGUUGUUGCAGAGCAAAUAGACGUUAGAAGUUGUUAUACGGUAGCUAGGCCUUGCAAAAACGAAUGGGAAACUUUAAAAAGUAAUAAUAAUAAUAAUAAUAAAAGAGCUGGAGUCUAGUAUUUAUAUGAAUCUGUGAGAAAUUUUUUUUUCUGUCUCACUGCAAUGAACCAAAAGUGGCUGAGAUUGGUUUUUAAUCCUAACCAUGAAUUGAAGGCGUCUUUCGGACCAACUGUUGUUGGCUGUCUUGAACCAUGUUAAUCACUGUGCUGUAAUUAGGAGAGCUGAAUCUUUCCUUCCCUGCUCCUUGCCCAGCCUGCCCCGUCUUUCCUUAGCUUUUGUCAGGGUAGGGGGGUGGGGGGUGCUCUUGUUUUAGUGUGAGUGGAUGUUUUGAUAGUUGUAAGGAAAUGCAUUUCAGACACGGUUCACAGGAGCUAUUUUCUUACCCAGUAUGUCUGUAUUGUUAAUAAGAAUGUAAUUUCAUGAUACAGGUAUUUAAUAUCUUUUUUAAGUCAGUAGAUAUUCUAGCUAUCAGUAAAUAAAUUACAGUAGAGAAUUAAGAGGACUUGAUGAGGUUUUCUCUUAAAAUCAGUAGUAUCUAACCGAGUCUACUCUGUGUGUGUGUUGUUUAUUUGUUUUUUUUGUGGGGGAGGGGGGUUGGUGUUUUUUUUCUUUUUUUACUAUAAUAGUCUAGUCUUAUUUAAAUUGAAUUUUUGUAUUCAGUUUGUAUGACCAUAGACUAGGUCAGCCUAGCUGUAAGUGCAUGCCGGACCUGACCCUCCUCUCUCCAUCACUCAGCUAAACUUGCUUGUCAGCCUGUGCUUAACUUGUGGUGAACUGGACUUUUGUUUAAAAUAAGCAAAAAUGUAAGGGGCAGUGCAUCGGCCUUUUUUUCCCGUCUUUUUUUUAGGUGGUGUUUUGCUUCUCCCUCAGAAUUUGGUGGCAAAUUGUCCGUCUGUCGCCCGCUGCUGACACCAGCAUUGUGGCAGCUUCACAUCCUAUGUCACAGAGGCUUCCGUGUCCGCGCACAGCGUGUAGCCUGUUAGCAAUAACUUCCUUUUUAUAGAGACUUCAUCCUACUGAGCCAGUCCAUUUACCUAAUGACUACACACACGGUCUAAACUGCAGUAUGUCUGUAAAUGUGUAUGUACUAUGAGUUCACACCACACCUCCAUCUUCCCGGGCCAAACUAUUGUCCUCCCUUCCCGCUUCCUCCUGGCGUCAUUCCUCUCUCUCUUGCCUUAUGAUGAAUUUGUUUGAAGGGCAUUUUCUUUAUGAACAAAGGCUUGGACGCAUAUUCCUUUCUUUUUAUUCCUUCUGUGAAAUGGGUAACAUUGCCCCCCCCCCCCCCCGAGGAAAGUCGCGCAAUGAAAACAAGUCUGGUUAUGAACCACUAUGUGUUUAUUAUUAUUUUUUAUGGCUCUUUCAUGAGUUGAGUUUCGCUGAGCAUGUUUGCCGUUUGUCCGUCAGAAUAGUGGAGUUUGGUAGACGCCACCCUUUGCACUGCUGAAGUGAAAUCUUGCUGACUACUUAGCUUUUUUGUUGAUCUCAGUAUGGGCAAAGAAACAAAAUCCAAAUGGCUGGACAAACUUCUUUUGUUCUGUAAAUAUUUUUAAAAAAUGUUCUGUAUGUAUGUUUUCUGUGGUCAUGGAGUAUUUCCUUAAGUGGGGCGUCAGUACGCAGAGAGUAACUCUUUGUUUAGCAAGUUUGGAGUGAAGAUAAAAUAGUAAGAAAUACUGUAAAUGUUGAAGUAUCAGCAGAACUGUAGGAGUCCAAAUUUAUAAUAAACUGUCUUUUUAAAAAAAAACAAUUAAGUGUCUAGAAUAUAUCAUGUUUUAUUAUUUAAAAUCAUUGUCUUAAGUUUUUUUGUUCAGAAAAUAAAAAUUUGAAUACAAUCAACAUAA